CCGACAUAUCCCCCACCCACCAUGUCGCUCAUCAGAGCAGGAACUGCCUGUUUCCGUGCCGGCCGUCUGGUCGCACCUCUCAAUGCCCGUUUCGUUUCCGCCAACGCCGGUCCUGGUGGCCCGUCGGUGAAAACCUCCCCUUCGGAUGCCCCGACCACCACCCACAAGAGUAGCACCUUGAUUCGUCAUGAGAGCCCCUCGGAGGCUAUGGCCCGUCACCAGCCGGAUUACGAUGCCACCAUUGAUGCCGCUACCUCGCAAUUCUCUCCUGUCCCCAAGCGUGUCAUGGACGGCAGCGAGCCCGGCGAAACCGUUCCCGCCGCGGUCCUCUCCGGCGCACCCACCGACCUGCAGGCUCGUACGGUCAGAAUCUACCGCCCCUCGAAGCCCGCGACGCAGUCCGGCACCUGGCACGGCCACCACUGGAAAAUGGAUUGGGACAUCUUGCAGCGGGGUCACCGGUGGGAGAACCCGCUGAUGGGCUGGCAAUCGUCCGCCGAUUUCAUGCAGGGAACCGCCCUGACCUUCAAGUCCAAGGAGGACGCCAUCAUGUUCGCGCAGAAGCAGGGGUAUGAGUACUUCGUGCAGGAGCCGAAUGAGCGCCGCUUCGUGCCUAAGUCUUAUGCCAACAACUUCGUCCACGAGCCGAAGAAGCUCAAGCACAUCAAGACCAAAUAAUCGAUUGUCUUCCUGGUGUAUUAUGUGUACAUAAUUGCAAGCUUUUGCUUCUAUUCGGAUUUUUUUCAGAGUCUAAAUGAUUUUCUGCGUUUGGGUUGGGCCUUCUAUGAAACAAGAUAUAAGAUUUCAACCGACGUAUUGAGGCAAAAGCCGAGUUGAUACAUGCCAUUGAGAAUGCUGCACGACUCAAAUUACGGUCACGGUUGAUCCGCUCUGAACUGUGGCUCGUUCCUAGGUGCUCUCAAGGAGUCCAGAGUGGCACCAGCAGUGGUCAAGCUGAGGAUCCAGGUUGAACAACGCGGACCAUGAGAUACUCUGGACAUGCUUAAUAUCAAGUCACUUCCACAAUACAUCCAUGCCUACAUACCCUAUUUAAUAUCGUUCGUCUAUAAUGGUUGCAGCUGCCACAACUCGAAUUUCACACCCAUUGGUCAAUCAAAUCAGCACGUCGAUCUCUGAACUGCCACAGCGCUAGGCUCCAUGCAGUGGCAGCUAGAAGUAGGGCGCAUAGCACAUGCAGGCACUGAUUGAAUGGCUGGAUCUGAUAAGAAAGACUUGAGAAACCAAUGUACUAUACGAGCUCCGUAUCUUGUCAUCAAGAUCUUGCCAACGAUGAAACUCCAUGGCAACAUCCAAGCCGAUCCUUACCUGGUUCGAA